AUGGGUAGUCAUAAGAAGAGGUCCAGAAGCCGGGAUCGGUCUAGUGAACGAACGUCUAAAAGACUUCGGAAACUUGAGGAUAGGAUGGAGGAAAUUGUGACGGGAUUUGCCGUGAUAAAAGAAGCCAUCUUGGCUCGAGAUGCCCCUGUGUUGGUGACGCCUGAAACAACAGCGUCAAAUAGUGGAGAUAAUGUUGCGCAGGUAAAGGAUUCCGUAUCAAAUCAGGGUGAUGACUUGGAGGAAACUUGGACUACUGAUCAGGAUCCUCGAAUCGAUGACACUGAAGUUCAAAUUAACAAUACCACAGAUGGAGGGGAGGCUCCUGCGAAAAUUGUGGAAGAACUUACUAAGCCGGAUGUAGUCGAGACUCCAUGGGAGCUAGACGAGGAUGGUCUUCGUAUUUUCGGGGAAGAACACGUACGAGAGGAGCCUGAGUUGGUCCUACACUCCAGUGUCGCCACGCGCUGGAAAAAAUACCUGUCAGAGGGGUUAAAGAAAGAGGUUAAGGAUUCCCUUAUGGAAAAAUACCCUAGAAAGGGUAAGCUUUCAUUCGAGCCGCCGAUUCUAAACGAGGAGGUGACUGUAAAUUUAAAAGAUUCGGCUCUUAAACGAGAUAAAUACUUUGGUGCGACUCAGAAAUUGGCAGGGUCUGCUUUGGCGGCGUUGGCUUCUGUUAUUGAGUCGUUGGCACCUCUGAGAGAUCCAGAAAAUGUCAAAAGGUUGGAGCAGGUCUGGGAUGCUUCAAAGCUGUUAAUCGAGAUCCAUAGAUCUCAAACAGUUGCGCGCAAGGCCUGUAUCCUGCCUACUUUAUCCAAACAAUGGGCUACGGCGCUGGAAAAGAGAGUAACGGAUAGUUACUUAUUCGGUGAGAAGUUAGUGGAUAAAGUGAAAGAGAUCAAGGCGAUUGGGCUCGUCGAGUCAGAAGAAGUCAGUGACUCAGGCGAGCGGGAGAUCAUCAACAGCGAAAAAACCACUGACUUCCAGAUUCCUAUCGAAACAAUCGAAUUACCCGAAGUCGAGCCAAUAUCGAAAACAAAACCAGCGAACUCAGAACCAUUAGCCCCGCAGGACUUACUCUCCACCAUCCAGAGGAUGGUCGGAGCAAGAGUCGGCAUACAUCCAAUCAGAAAUGAUAGAUUGCUUUCGAUAGGCGCGAUAAUCGAAGCUGAAGAAGUUCUAGGUCAGUUUCUUUCGCCGUUCUUUCUGGUGCCUAAGUCUGAUGGUCAACAGAGAUUCAUUCUGAAUCUGAAGGAAUUGAAUAAUUUUAUUGAUGCAGAACAUUUUAAACUCGAGGACCUUAGGUCUGCGUGUAGUCUUUUGGAACAGGGUAUUUUUAUGGGCACAAUUGAUUUGAAAGAUGCCUAUUUCCUGAUUUCAGUGUGGAAGCCACAUCGCAAGUUUCUAAGGUUUAUUUUUAAUGGUAAAAUCUUUGAGUUUGUUUGUUUGCCUUUCGGCCUAUGUACGUGUCCAUUGACAUUUACAAAACUGUUAAAACCAGUGAUAAAUUACCUUCGCUCAAAAGGUUGGCUCUCGGUUGUGUACCUGGAUGAUUUCUUGUGCCUGGGUCACUCGGUCAAUGAUUGCAGCGAGAAUCUAACUCAAACCAUCGAGUUACUCGAAAGAUUAGGAUUUAUUGUCAAUUAUGACAAGUCAAAGCUGGUGCCAGAAAGAAGAUGUAAAUACUUAGGGUUUAUUUUAAAUUCAGUAUCGAUGAGAGUUGAGCUUCCACUGGAGAAAGAGAUCAUGGUACGAAAACAGAUUGAAAUCCUUAAAAGAAAAAGGAUGAUGAAGAUUCGCGAUUUUGCCAAGGUUGUUGGGUCAGUGGUAGCUUGUUGUCCAGCUGUGGAGUACAGUUUGUUGCAUUGCAGAUCAUUUGAAAGAGCAAAGAUCCAGGCCUUAGACAAAAGUGAGGGUUGUUUUGAUGCGAUCAUGUUAGUGCCAAAGUUUACCCUAAUAGACUGGGAUUGGUGGCUAAAAGCCUUGCCAAAUGCUAGUAGGAAGGUGAGGAACAAUCGGUAUGAGAGGACGAUUUAUUCGGAUGCGUCCUUGUCUGGUUGGGGUGCUUUUUGUAAUGACGAGAGCGCCAAUGGACUCUGGAACCAAGAGGAGAGGGGUCUCCAUAUAAAUCAUUUGGAGCUCAAAGCGGCUCUACUGGCCUUGAAAUGUUUUGCGGUUGAUCUGAAAGAUACAGAUAUCUUACUCAUGGUGGACAACACUACGACGUUAGCCUACAUCAAUAGGAUGGGAGGUGUUCGUUAUUCUGGCCUUCAUGGAUUAGCAUGUGAGCUGUGGAAUUGGUGUGAGGCCCGCCAGUUAUGGGUUUACGCCACGUACAUUCCCUCAAAGGAAAAUGUUGAAGCCGAUCGCUCAUCUCGGAUAGAUAAUUCGGAUGCUGAGUGGGAGCUGGCAGAUUAUGCAUUUGAAAAUAUUAUGAACAAAUUCGGGAAAUUCGAGAUCGAUUUAUUUGCUUCGCGAAUCAACACCAAGUGCGCAGUCUAUUGCUCCUGGAAAAGAGAUCCAGGGGCUAUCGCCUUUGAUGCCUUUACGAUCAGUUGGUCUGAUUGGAUGUUCUAUGCUUUUCCCCCCUUCUCAAUGAUAACUAAAGUGAUUAAAAAAAUAAAAGAUGACAAGGCAGAAGGUGUCUUAGUCGUACCUCACUGGCCCACUCAGGUUACGUCAACAUCCUUUGGCAUCGAAACUUAUCCAGGUUGUCGCCAAGUUGUCAGCCAGGCGUUAUCAAUGAAAGUGGGGAAGAUUUUGAAGUUCUUGUCCGAGAGAUUCAGUGGUGGUGUUGGGUAUAGCACGCUGAACUCCGCAAGAGCGGCUCUGUCAUUAAUAUCAAGUGAGGAUGUUACAAAUAAUCAGCUGAUAAGUCGUUUUCUCAAAGGAUCCUCAAAGAUAAGGCCCAGCUUACCCAAAUAUGAAUCUACGUGGGAUGUGGAUCCAGUUUUGAGUAAGUUGGCAACGUGGUUUCCGUUAAAAGAGUUGGCAUUGAAGGAGUUGUCCAUGAAGUUAGUGUUGUUGUUAGCCCUGGGUACCGCUCAUCGUUCCCAAACGUUGGCGUUGAUUAAGAUUUCCAAUAUCUCCGUUUCGGAAAACGGAAUUGAAAUACGUAUCUCAGAUAGGAUCAAGACUUCUCGACCAGGAGCUCCGCAACCAGUUUUUGAAAUUCCUUUCUUCCGGGAUAAACCUGAAUUGUGUAUUGCACAAACUUUGAACCACUACAUGGCAGUGACAAAAAAUCUUCGAGGAAGUAUUGAUUCACUAUUUGUCUCAUUUAACAAGCCGCAUAAAGCAGUCAAAAGUGAGACAAUUAGCCGGUGGAUAAGAUCAACCUUGGUGUCGUUAGGAGUAGAUCAGAAGUUCACCGCGCAUUCUACGCGGCAUGCCUCGACAUCCAAAGCGUUCGAAAGAGGUGUUAGCAUCGAAGAAAUUAAGAAAGUGGCUGGUUGGUCCCCGAGCUCAAAGGUAUUCGCUGAUUCUUAUCAACAGCCAAUAAUUAUUAACAGCAAUAAAUUUGCAACGUCAGUACUAUCACCCAGCACAACUGGAUGA